CAUGAUUUCCAACUUCUUCGAAAUGAGAUAAUUUCUGUACGUGAGAGAAAUAAUGUAUCUGGCACGUCAGCAGUCUCUCUAGGCAGGUCACUCUUUUUUAAAAGCACGAGUUUCACGGUCUUUUCUGAAGAGUAGUUAUCACUUUCCUCCGUCCUCCGACCAAUAACUUUGUACAAAGUUGAUUUGCUACCCUUGCUGUCCAUAAAGACCAGAAAUAAAUUGUGUACAUUCAAAAGUCGCAAGACGUUAAAUCGAACUCUAAAAACCAACCCAUUGAAUUUGAUCCGCCCACUACUCGGGAAGUCGGUGGUGGAAAGGAACAGUAGUGCGUAUUUGAAUAUAUCGUCGUCAUCUUCUUCGUUGUCCUGUUUUCGUCUUUUGAUAUAUUUUUUCCCCCGAGAAGAAUGACGAUUUCACGUGCAGAUUUGCAAAUCGCGUCUUCUGCUGAACCGAAGACUCACGGAAAUCUCAACGAAUCAUUUGCUCCGGAAAUUCGGCAAACUGCGUCCACGAUUGCUUCGCUAUCUAUUUUCGGAACUCCCUCGGACCAAGAGUGCCAGCCCAUUCCGGUGGUGCCUCGAAGCAGUAGCAGCGACGAGCUUCGUGUUUGGCGAGUUACCAGUGCGGGUUUAGUAGAAGUCGACGCGAAGACGAUGGGAGCGUUUCUCGACAAACCGAAAACCGACAAAACUAACGUCCAUGGAGAAGGAAAUGGAAUCAGAUAUGGAAUGUCGUCUAUGCAGGGCUGGAGAAUAUGUAUGGAAGAUUCACACAUUGCUGAGGCUAUAAUGUCUCAAUCCUCCCCCUACAAGGAUUGGUCAUUCUUUGCCGUUUUCGAUGGACAUGCUGGACACCACAUCGCCAAUCGAGCAUCGUCGCAGCUUCUUGAACACCUCAUUUCAAGCGAAGAGUUUCGUGAGAUGACCAAAACUUUGGAGGAAAACAACGGAGUUCUCACAGACAGUACACUAAAACUGCUCGAAAAGGGAAUCAAGAAAGGAUUCUUGAGUUUUGAUGAAAUCAGUAAAACGAGCAAUGAUAUCAGUAAAAGCGGAUGUACAGCAGUGUGUGCCAUUGUCACUCCAACUCAUUUCAUUAUCGGAAAUCUCGGAGACUCCCGUGCGGUUGUUGCUGGAAAAAAUGAAAUUUUCGGUACCGAGGACCACAAACCAUAUCUGGAAAAGGAGAGAAAACGAAUUGAGGGUGCUGGUGGUUCUGUUAUGAUUCAAAGAAUAAAUGGAAGUCUGGCCGUAAGCAGAGCAUUCGGAGACUACGAGUAUAAAGAUGAUCCGCGACUACCUGCUGAUCAACAACUUGUCUCUCCUGAACCAGAUGUUUACAUCCGAGAGAGAAAUCUUGAAAAUGAUCAGUUUAUGGUUGUUGCAUGUGACGGAAUCUACGAUGUGAUGACGAAUGAAGAACUCGCAGAGUUUGUGAAAGAUCGCCUUUCAGUUCACUCUGAUUUGAGAGAGGUGUGCGACGAUGUUCUCGACGAAUGCCUUGUGAAAGGAAGUCGGGAUAAUAUGACGAUGGUGGUUGUAUGUUUCCCUGCUGCACCAGAAGUCAAUAUUCAUCGAAAAGAAGCCGAGGAAGCAUGGGUGUCCCGAGUGAAGACUGUUAUAAAUCAAUUCCUCGAUGAGGCUGUUGCUGCGGAAGACUUCAAACAAGAAGAAGACAUGGUCACUCUCAAGAGCAUUCUGGAUAAAGUAACAGCAAAUGGACUGUUGCCAACUGAUUUGCGUGUUCCUGAACAUACAGUUACUACGCUGGCCCAGAAAAUUCUGACACAACGUGACAUCAAGCAUGUGUAACUCUCAUGGCUUCUACUCUAUUCCCAAACUUUAAAAAAGUACACUUUCCUCACUUUUAUCCCGUUGCUCUUAUCUAAUUCAUUAAACCAGCUCGUCCAAAUUUAAAACGGAGCCUCUCCCCAAAUGAACAAAUUUUAUAAUUUUAUCAAUCCUAGCAUUGUUUCAUUUGGAAAACGAAAUUUGUGCCAAUUUUCUUUCUCAUCAUACCAAAAUCUUCCACUUGUUUGUUAAGUUAUAUCUAUAUUUCUUCAUCAAUCAUUUAAGGUUAAUUGUUUUAUCCGCUCUUUUGCGAAAAUAGUAUUUUCUGUCAAAUUCACCUACAAACACUCCCAUCAAGAUUCAGAAUAUACCCAACCAAUCGUUUUCCCCCUAUUCUCGCUGUUAUAUUUGUCUAAAUCGCACCAAAAUAUUAUUUACGGAUUCAUCAUUUCCAUCAUUUGUAUAAUUUACUAGAUAAUUGGAUAGAAUGAAAAAAUUGAUGUGUCAAAUGCA